UAGUUGUCUUGUUCAGUGGCGUUUCCAUGAUAGUCGAUUAAUUCACGUUGUGGUAGUUGAGGUAAAGGUUGUGUUUGUUGAAAUUUCCCAGGACUACAUAAUGUAUAUUUGUGCCCUAUUUGCUUUGUUGGCGUUUUCCCAGAUCAACGCCGAGGUCUAUUUUGAAGAAAACUUUAAUGAUAAAUCAUGGGAAGAUAAUUGGAUAUAUUCCGAACAUCCUGGAAAGGAAUUUGGAAAGUUCACAUGGUCAUCGGGUAAAUUUUACAAUGAUGCUGAGAAAGAUAAAGGUAUUCAGACGUCGCAAGAUGCUAGGUUCUACGCUCUGUCGAGGAAGUUCUCACCAUUCAGCAACAAAGGAAAGCCUCUGGUAGUGCAGUUCACAGUGAAACAUGAACAAAACAUUGACUGUGGAGGUGGAUAUGUUAAAAUAUUCGACUGCUCCUUAGAUCAGAAAGACAUGCACGGAGAAACUCCUUAUGAAAUUAUGUUUGGUCCUGAUAUUUGUGGUCCUGGGACAAAAAAAGUCCAUGUAAUCUUCAGCUACAAGGGUGAAAAUCACCUUAUCAACAAAGACAUCAGGUGCAAGGAUGAUGUUUACACCCAUCUCUACACUUUGAUUGUUAAGCCUGAUAACACAUAUGAGGUGUUGAUUGACAACGAAAAAGUAGAAUCUGGAGAACUGGAAGCAGACUGGAACUUCCUCCCUCCUAAGAAGAUCAAGGACCCCUCAGCCAAGAAGCCCUCUGACUGGGAGGACAAGGCUACCAUCGAUGACCCCACAGACGAGAAGCCUGCCGACUGGGACCAGCCCGAGCACAUUCCUGACCCUGACGCCACCAAGCCCGAGGACUGGGAUGACGAGAUGGACGGAGAAUGGGAGGCUCCUAUGAUCGACAACCCAGACUACAAGGGAACCUGGACACCCAAGCAGAUUGACAACCCCAACUACAAGGGCCCCUGGAUUCACCCAGAAAUCGACAACCCUGACUACAAACCAGACUCAGAGUUGUACCACAGGAAGGAGAUCUGUGCCAUUGGUUUCGAUUUGUGGCAGGUCAAGUCCGGCACAAUAUUCAACAAUGUCUUAAUAACAGAUGAUCCUGAACACGCGAAAAAGGUGGCCACAGACAUCUGGAAGCCACGAUUUGAAGGUGAGCAAAAAAUGAAAGCAGAACAGGAUGAAGAAGAAAAGAAAAAGCGGGAGGCUGAAGGAAAGAGUGAUGUUCCUGAGGAUGAGGAUGAUGAAGAUGAAGAUGAGGAUGAAGAUGCAGCAGACAAACCAGAAACAGGAGAAGAACACGAAGAUCACGACCACGAUGAACUGUAAGACUAAUUGUGCGUUGGUGUGAUAAACACGCAGUGAUAAUUUUUCAAGACUUGGGAGACAUUGUCAGAUGUUGUGUACGUGUGUGUGUAUGACAAGUGGAACUGAGUAGACUGCCUUUUAUACUGAUUACACUAAAACAACGCUCACCUAAAACCACUUGUUUGGGAAAUAGGCAGAUCUGUAAUGUUUGUAUUUUUUUGUAUUUUUUGUCCUAUUUGUAAAUACUUCCAAAAAUUUAAUUAUUCCUUGACUUAUCGUACAAAAGUUUGUAUAAGUUGCAUUUACCACUUAGUGUUUUUGAGUGAGAACUAUGCUAGGUAUUUAUUUAUUGAAAUCUGGAUUUGUAACAGAUUUAAAAAAUGUGUUUACUGUGAAAUUUUCAAAAGCUUGCGCCAUGUACAUGUAAUUUCAAAUCUAAAGUGUAUUUAGCUCGAGGUAUUAGUGAUAGUCUUUAGCAAGAUUAUCACAGUUUCCUGACAUAAUAUAUUGUAACAUAUUUUCUUCACAUCCUUUUUGUUUGUGAAGUUUUCAAUUUUUGUAAUGUAAAAAUAGUAUUGUUUUAAAUGCGCAAUAGAUGUUUUAUUUGUUAUAAAAAUAUAACCUUUAAAAUGUU